AUAUAAUAUAAUGAGAAUAGGCCGUUGUGGGAGUGGUAGUGGUGUGGGGCGCGGCGAUAGGCGGCGCGGACGCGCGCGGUGCGCGGGCGCCGCGCGGUGGGCGGGCGCACUGUAGCCCUGCACGCGGCCCGGCGCGCACGCACGCAUGAAGACCGAGGAGCAAGCCACGGAGGAGGCGGCCCGCCGCCCGCCGGCCACCCGACGACAAGAAAAACCACCCUUCUCUUACAUAGCCCUCAUAGUCAUGGCGAUCAGACACUCUCCAAACAAAAGGCUGACCCUUAGCGAAAUUUACAGUUAUCUUCAACAAACAUUUCCAUUUUUCCGAAGUUCAUAUCAGGGUUGGAAGAACUCUGUGCGUCACAAUUUAAGCCUAAAUGAAUGUUUCGUGAAGCUCCCGAAGGGGCUCGGGAGGCCGGGGAAGGGGCACUAUUGGACUAUCGACCCUUCCUCAGAGUUCAUGUUCGAAGAGGGAUCGUUCAGGAGGCGACCUCGAGGAUUUCGCCGGAAGUGCCAGGCUCUAAAGCCUCAGUUUGGAAGCGGUGGAUACCUGUGCGGAGGCGGGGUUACCGCACUGCCGCCGGCACAGCCCGCCGGUUACGAGUUAGCCGGCAGCAGUGGGGCCGGCACGAGCAACGCGAGUUCUAUCGACUACGGAGCCUGUGCCUACUCGCACACCAGUUCCUCGAGCCAGCAGCUGCCCUACGGCAGCGACUACUGCACAUACGGCGGCAUGGGCGAGCGCGAGUGGCCGCUUCCAUACGGGGCGGUGGACACCAGCUAUCGGCCGCCGCCGUCUUCUCCGCAGCCGCACCACGACCUUCCAGAUCUCAUACCCAAUUAUCAAUAUGUAACCAAUGACCAUGGUACGUCGGCGAUGUUCGCAGGAAUGCGCGGAGUGCACGGCCAAAUGCUCGGGGGCGGGUCGCUGGGGCUGGGCGGCUUCGGACUGGGCUCGCCGCUGCCGGCGCUACCGGAGCGCAAGGCGUACGCGUCGCCGCCGCCGACGCCACUGCCCGCGCUGCCGCCGCUGCCUGCGCUGCCCGCGCAUUCCGCGCCGCCAGCGUCCGGCCAGCCACCUGCAGUCAGCUCCGCGUCGGUUCAUGCCUACUACGAUCACAUGAAAUACUCCUUACACCAGUAGCUCCUGAAUACUGACGCACCGUAAAAAUAUAGGUAGAUUAGCAACGGCGCAGGCAGUUAGGACUAGUGAGCGAGGACUCUCCCCAUAAUGUGAUCUAGACUCUCAGAUAG